CUCAUAUAAAAGUUCCAUCGCAGCAGCGCCUGCCAGGACGCCCUGCGAAGGCGGGCGGGCGUGGAAUCGGGCAUGGCGAUCAAUGCUCUCGCCUCAGGGCUGCCGCUGCUGCUUCUCACGCUCAUCUUCCAGCUCCAGCUCCGAUGCGGCUCCUCGGGAAUCACAAGCCCUUACCGGCGGAGGCUCCAAGCCUCGGAGGAUUUGCCCGUCGGCAGCGAAUUUCUGCGACCUCCUGAUCUAGCAGGCUGUGGAAAUGCGCCAGAACAGGUCCACAUAACGCAAGGGAGUGUUACUGCGGAUUCCAUGAUCGUUUCCUGGGUUACUCCGUCGCAACCUGGAUCAUUGGCUGUAACGUUUGGAAACGAGACCGCAAAGUACUCGAGAACGGCGACUGGAAACAUCACAAGAUAUAAGUACGCGAACUACACAUCUGGCUACAUCCACCAUGUGAAGCUCACUAAUCUCGAGUAUGCUACGAAGUAUUACUACAGACUCGGUGACGGAGAAUGCGCUCGAGAAUUCUGGUUCGUCACGCCACCGAAAUCUGGCCCCGACGUUGCGUACACAUUUGGCGUCAUAGGAGAUCUCGGACAGACGUAUGACUCCCUCAACACCUUUCAGCACUACUUAAACAGCAGCGGACAGACUGUUCUCUACGUCGGAGACCUCUCAUACGCCGAUCAUUAUCCCUUGGGCGACAAUACUCGCUGGGACACUUGGGGUCGAUUGGUGGAGCCGAGCACCGCGUAUCAACCUUGGAUCUGGACGGCAGGAAACCACGAGCUAGACUACCGUCCAGAAUUUAGCGAGGUGGUACCAUUCAAGCCGUAUCUUCAUCGCUAUCAAACACCCCAUCGUUCAUCAAAGAGUACAUCGCAGCUCUGGUAUUCGAUCAACAGGGCGUCAGCGCACAUCAUCGUGCUGUCUUCAUACUCCGCAUAUGGGAAAUAUACCCCGCAGUGGGCAUGGCUGCAGAAUGACCUCCAGAAUAUAAACAGGAAGAAAACCCCGUGGGUGAUUGUUUUGAUGCAUUCCCCGUGGUACAACAGUAACAUGUAUCACUACAUGGAGGGCGAAACGAUGCGUGUGCAAUUCGAAGCAUGGCUUGUGCAAUACAAAGUCGACAUUGUGUUUGCCGGGCACGUUCAUGCAUACGAACGGAGUCACCGCGUCUCUAAUAUCGAGUACAACGUUGUCAACGGCCAAUGCUCUCCAUCUCGCAACGAGUCUGCGCCUGUCUACAUAACAGUCGGCGAUGGAGGAAACAUAGAAGGGCUCGCUGGAAACUUCACGCAACCGCAGCCAAACUACUCGGCAUAUCGCGAGGCGAGUUUUGGUCACGCAAUGCUCGAGAUCAAAAACAGGACGCAUGCGUUCUACUAUUGGCACCGUAACCAGGACGGAGAGGCUGUAAAAAGCGAUUCGACUUGGCUUACAAACAGGCAUAAUUAUGUGAAAGAGAAGCGGUCGUUGCCAAGAAGAAGGCUGCCACUGUGAAGAAAGGACGGGGACUUUAGUUUUUUUCUCAAGGCAAGAGAACUGCAACUUUUUUUUUUGGAAAUUUCUGUUCUUAACUCUCAGAUUGAGCCUUAUUGAGGGAUUCCAUGCAAGCAAAAGCACCAACUAAACUACUUCCUCCCGAGUUUUGCAGCUUCAAGUUAUUGGGAGAAGGUUUUGAGCACCACCUGCGGUUGGGAAAGCCUUUCAGAUACAUUUUAAAGUACAUCGAACAGCAACCUCCCAAAUGGAGACCAUAAUAGCAUGCCAAAAAUAGAUUGCAAUACUGCUUAAUUUAACCAA